ACAUUUUUAGACGAAGUUUACACGUCACAACACUUCAUCGUUCCCAUUGAAAAGUGAAACGUCGUAUUGAAAAGCGGCAGUGUAGUAAAAAGUGGAUACAAUCAAGACUGAUUUCUAAUAAUUUAAGAAAUAUUAAAUAAAUUUUAACAAAAAUCAUGUUCAAAACCUUAUUAGUUGCUUGCGCCUUGUUGGCAGCCGUCAAUGUGUGCUUAUCUGAUGAAGAAACCUCCGCCCGUUUGUUGGUAUCCAAACAGAUCUUAAACAAAUAUUUGGUUGAGAAGAGCGACCUGUUGGUUCGUUACACUAUUUUCAAUGUAGGCAACGGUGCUGCCACCAACAUCAAGUUGGUCGAUAACGGUUUCCACCCUGAAGCCUUCGAUAUUGUAGGCGGUCAACCCACUGCUACCGUUGAACGUAUUGCUCCUCAAGCCAACUACACCCAUGUCUUGGUUGUGCGUCCCAAAUCUCACGGUUAUUUCAAUUUCACUGCUGCCGAGAUCUCUUACAAGCCAGUAGAAGAAGCUGAAAAGUUGCAAUUGGCCAUUAGCUCUGAACCCGGUGAGGGUGGUAUUGUCAACUUGAGCGAAUUCAACAAGCGUUUCUCCUCUCACUUCUUCGAUUGGGUCGCUUUUGCCAUCAUGACCUUGCCUUCCUUGGCCAUUCCUUUGGCUUUGUGGCACUCAUCCAAAAGCAAAUACGAACGUUAUGGCAAGAACAAAAAACAUUAAAUGCUAUUUGUUUAAGCUUUUAGGAACGUAAUUUUUUUAUACAUUUCAAAAUUUAUAAAAUUCCCUCCCUUUUCCGAUUUUGGUUCCAUUAUUAAUUAUUUUUCCUGCUACAUACGAAGAACAACACACAGUGCAUCAUAUUACAAAUUUCUUUCGGGUCACGAGAAAGGAAAGAUUUUUUUUAGUUUUAGCAUGAAAAAAUCGUUUUAGAUUUAUUAGAAAAACUGAAGAAGGAACGAUGCGUCUUUCGAUUUAUAAUAUAAUGAUCUAUGUUAAAAAAAAAUAAUUGUUAAAUCUUCAUCUUAAAAAAGCACUUUUCAGUUGAUAGAUAAUAACAUCAGUUGAUACUAUCACACAUUUCUACAUAAUUUAUUUAAAGUGCGUCAAUUGUCAAUGUGAGAUUUUUUUCUAAUAAAAAAAAAUAUUGAAAAAAUAAAA